AAACUAAAGAAUUAAAAAGUUAACGUCUUGAUAAAAACUAGUCUAUUCCCUAUUUUAUUUUGCAAACGAGACUGAGCUGCAUUGAAGUGGAAAAUAACAUCGUAAUUCUGGAGAGAGAAAGCCAGAGAUUUGCCAUUUUAAAAAGGUCAUUUCAAGAAUGGGUUGCUAUGGAUACAGAUACUGAUACCAUUGGUGAAGGCAGUCCACUUCCUGUUUCGUCACCCAUUCAUGCAGCAAGUCAGGAGAGUACCCUUCCUGUAGACUCUGAUUCAAAGUCAAUCAUGGACCUGUUGAUAGGAAUCAAAAUGGCCGUUGAGGAUCUGUGUGCUUCUGAGGUCCUGGAAGUCAGGUUGUGCUGUUGGUUGAUCUGCUGUUUGGUGAUCUUGUGGCUGUGCAUCGUCCUGGCCUGGCAGACGUAUGGACGCGAGAUCAUGACGGUGCUUGCUGGGCAGGACAAGUUGAAUAGGAGUGGAUCGGUGUCAAGAGAAUCCAGCAGACAGAAUUCAGCAGAAGAUGCAUAUUUAGUGACAGAACCUCCAGAAAGUAAGAGUGAAAAAUGGCAGGAGCAGCCCGGAAGACCCCUUGAAUCAUCCGUCUCUGCACCUCACCAUCCAAAGACUGAUUGAGAAAUCAAAAUAUCUUCUCAAGUCUCAAACCCCCACUGUCCAAAGAUGGAUUGAGAUAAAGACAAAAUAACUCCUCAACCCCUUAUCAUUCAAAGACUGAUUGGGAAAUGGAAAUAUCUUCAGAACACCCCAUGCUUCAUAGACUGAUUGAGAAAUCAAAGUUAUCUCCAGGAUGGUGAGUUUUGAUCACUGGAAAAUAAGAAAUACAAGUGGAGCUCUGGAAGGACACAAGACAGACUUAUUGGGGGAAAUUUGGAUGAGUUUUCUUGCAAGUGCCUAGUCAAAAAUUGUUCUAGGAGUGGACCAGAAUGAUCCAUGCAACCUUGUGAUGAGAUUUCUUAAGUAGUGAGCUGGAUCUUCCAUUGGCCGAUGCGAGCAAGAGCAUUGACCACUGACAACAUGUUUUUAUUUCAAUCGGAAAGCUUUGCAGAGUAAGGAGAUGAGAGAGUCAAAACUUAUUUAUAGGUAUGAUAAGGGUUAGGUCUUCAUUGGUGAGCUGAAAUCAUGCACACUGGAAUAUUUCAAGAAAAUAAAUCAAAACUUGCUUAACUAUUUCUUAUCAAGUAUGGACAUGAUCAAUGGAGAAAACAUCCAUGUCAAAGAAAAAUAUGAAAACAAAUGUAGAUGGUGAACCAAGAAAAUCCAAGAAAAUCCAGUGUAAUAGUCUUAUGCACCUGUGAAGUGUUCAAAAUUAUUUUGGGCUGUAUUGCAAGGAUAUUACACCUCUACUUCGGUAUUUUGUCAUAUUGUCUUUUGUAACCUUCUUGAUUGAGAGUUUAGAUGCCUUAGAGUUGUCCAUCCUGUGCUGGGUAAAUUUCUGACUUGGUACAAGUAUGCAUCACUCGUAGGAAGAUAAACUUGGCAGGCUUAAGUUUAAUUAAACCAUGUUGGAGGCUACCGUGAUCAUAUAUGUUAAUCAUAAAACAAAAACAAAAAUGUAUAGGCUAUGGUCAAAAUGGUGGUCUUAUGAUUAAAGGAAUAUUAACUGGGUGUGGAUAUGGUAUUUGGAAAAGAUUUACCUUUAGUUUUUCUAAUUGCUUGCUUAUUGUAUACAUUCAGGGGAAAAUUCUGGCAGGAUUAUUUAAGAAACAAGUUAUUUUCUAUUUGGGUCUCUGUAGAUACGUUAAUCAAAUAAUUCGAAAAUAUUUUGUGUGUGAUCUGAUUGGACUGCUAAUGAUAAAGUUGAAAUGAAAUCGUUGAUUAUUAUCAUCAAAAAUAGCAUAAAAAUUGAAGUUAAAUACAGCUUUACAUUUCUUUACACAUCCUGAAAUUACUUUCAAUUUAAUUCUGGAAAUGACUGUCACAACCGCAGAGGUUCAGUAACUUUAACUAAGUCUUGUCACAGUAGGGUGUCAAAGUGCAAUAACUGAAAUAUCUUGCCACAAUUGUAUUGCUGUCAAGAAUCACAAUAGUGUUUUCAUACUGAAAUUUUGAUGCAAGGACAUACAGGUAUGGCAUAUUCAUAUCAUUUGUACUAUUUGAGAGUCAACUUGUGAGAAGUGACAAUGCUCUGUGUGUGCCUAAAUGGACCACUUUUCCAGUACCGGUAUAUUACAUUCUUGUGUAAAUACAUGUUUCUUGAACAUGCAAAUUUGCUCUUGAUUACCUAAAAGUUUUCUAGGGGCUUGCCCAUCAUAACAACUAAUAUAUGCAAGGUGGAUUCCAUUCAUAUAAAGUAGUUGAAUAGCUUGUCCGUGUAGGGUCUGACAAGAAACUGCCAUAAAUCUUGAUAGAUAAAAUAAACGACAUGCAGUAAAUUUCCUCAACGGUCAUUUCACUAUUAUUCUUAAGUUUCAUGGUAAAGAUAAGGAUGCAAUAGAGAGCAAUUUUGAAAUAUUUUUUCCAACUGAUCUUGACCAUGAACAUAACUAUAUAUCAUGUUUUGUUUUUUAUGGGAGCAGUUCUGUUUUUAUUCACAAUAUAGUAUUCAUGCUGUACAGAA